AUGGCGGAUGACUUAAACACGGUGAUAAAGAAAAUGAUGGACAAUACUUCAGGGCAAGGAAACGAUGAUUAUGAGCGUAUAUGUAUUGCUAACCAUAUAGACUAUGAAAAAUGGAACAAUCAUCAGAGGCGCGAAGCAAAUGAGUAUGUGUUCGAAGUUAUGGGUAAAUUCUUAGGUUAUCCAAAGCUUAUAGCAAGAACCCAUGAAUUCUUCCAGAAGAGUCUGAUGUAUUAUAACGGCCGACCAGAUCUGAUGCGGGUCGUAGAUGAUUCAGUAGAAAACAAGACCGAGCACAUAGUAUCCUGGCAGGGUCGCCAUGUAGUGUUGGAGGCCCAAUCAAAGACUUAUACACCUGAAAAAACUGAACUAGAAGAGAGAUAUAGACAGAAAGAAUUGAAAAAAAUAGAACAUGAAAGGAAAGCCAGCGCCAAAGCAGUGAAACGUAGUUUGAAGGAACUUAAUUCAAGACAAAAGAAAAAGAAAGCUAAGCAAAUAGAAAGUGAUGAAGAUUCAGAGGAAUCUGAACGAUCACAAUUUAGCUUGCGGGAGAGUUCAACAUCUCCAAUAGAUUUCGAAACGGACGAAGAGACUGAUGAUCGUAGUAUUAAUGAUAAUUUAAAUGUGACACCAGAGAAAAUCAAAGAUAACUGUUUUCUUCUGGUAAAUGGACAAAUGGCAUUAUCUGCGGCUGAAAGACAGCGACGGUGUCGUGAAAAAAGGAAACUUAACCCUGAAAUCGUUGCAGAAGUAAAACGUAAAGAUUUAGAAAGAUAUCAUGCUCGUAAAAAGUUAGUUAAAGAUAUGACACCAAAAGAACACAAAAAAAUAAAGAGACAAUGGCAGAUUAGAAAUAAGAAGAGAAGAGAACGACAGAAAGCUUUGCAGAACGUUUUGAUGAAUACUCCGGCUUCUACACCAGCUCCUUCAUGUCCCAGACUACUUCCAUUAAGUCCUAGAUCUCGUUCACUGACUGCAGCCUCGUCCACUGCUAGUGCAAGGGGAAGAAAACAACGAAACAAAACAAAAACCAAUACAUUACAUCCAUCCGUCAUAACACCGAAGGAUCUUUAUAAUGAAUUGGUUACCAAUGUAAAACACUUACCUAAAUUCUCAGAAUUCCCUAUAAAUUUAGAAUUGUACAAUAUACAUAUAAUAAUCAAACUGUCAGAAAUUAUAUCAUGUAUCUUAGACAAUAAGCUAGUAUAUACAAUUAAGAUUCCUCUAGUUUUAAUUUCUCCUUUCAAUUUAUACAAAGUUAUUCCAAUCCCUGUAGCUCAUAAUACUGAAACACCUAGCUCAUUUGCCCUAAUUGUACCGUCGGCAUCCUAUAUUGCUAUGAGCAGGGACAAAUCGGAAUAUUGUAUCUUUAACGAUUUGAAUAGAAAUUGUAACCUAAUAGUUAAGAAUUCAUAUAUAUGUCAUGAAGUUGCUAAAUUUAAUAUUAUGAAUGAGCCGAUACGUGAAACGGAAAUAAUUACUAAAGUCAUACAUUCACUUCCAAAUGAAUGCAAAAUUAAUUUCAUUUCAGGCAUUGUUCAUAUUUGGCAAUACAUUGGAAACAACCAAUGGGUUUUUACACAUUCUGAACCAACAAAGUUACACAUUGACUGUGAAAAUGAAAACUUUGAUACCAUUCUACUUGGCACAGGGAUAGUAACCUUAAAACCAAGUAGUAAUGGUUAUUGUAAAAAUACAAAACUUAUUGGCACAACCAAUCUCACGAUUAAAAUAAAUAAAAUAUUUUCAGACUUUAAUUUAAUUAAUGACACUUGCUGUAACCUAACAACGUUUAAUAAAUUAAACUUUACUUUACCCUUAAGAUCCCCUUACUCUCAAAUCAAUUCCGAUAAUUUUAUGAAAUUAAAUAUCAGAGCAAAUGACGCUCUAGCUCUAAUAAAAGAAUUAGAUUCCCGAAUUAACACUGAAUCAAUACCGACUCAUUCUAUUGUUUCACAUGUUUUUAUAAGUUUUUGUAUGGUAUUUAUAAUUUACUAUUUUUGUAAUAAGAGAUGUUUAACCUUUUAUUCAAAAUACAGGGUAACCUCUACCCCUAAUAAUACAGAUAGCCCGGAUAGUAAUAAUGAUAUUCCUCUUUCUCAACCACGCUUAAGGAUUGUUUAAGUUUAGUAAGCUUCGCCUUUAAAACGCGUAAGUUUACACUUAACCGGGGGGCUGUUACACCCCUUAACUGUAAGCUGGGGAGCUGACCCAGCAGCGGCUCGAUCUUGACGAGGUGUCGGAUCGGGUGGAUUCAGUCAGUCCGGUCUAACAACUCAAAGAGGUUGCACGUCUCUUAAAAUCUUAAUGUAUUUCUAAGUCUUUUCCAAGUAUAUUAAAGUUAAUCUUAUUCUGUGUAAAACCAAUCCUUUUUUUUAAAAACCCUUUCGGGUGUCCCAUUGUAACAGCUCGUACGACUAUUUAGUGUGUAUUGUGUUAUUUAAAUAAUAUUAUAUUAUAUUUUACUAACAAAUAAUGUAACCCUAACUAUUACAGAAAAGUAAAUUGGCACAUUUUUACCAACCAAUCUCCUAUGUGCUCCCUCAAGAAGCUACUCGACAUUGGCGAAGUGCAUUGAGCUGGGUUGGCACUACAAUAAUCCACCAAUCAAGUGAUGAAGAAGAAUUAUUGACAUACACCAUCGACAAUAUUUAUGUACAUUACACAGAUAUGUCAUCAGACCUUCACCAAACUAAAAUGGGAUCAAUUCGGAAGUAUGACCUACCAAACAAAAAAAGAAUUAUAAAAAUCGAUUCAUAUUUGGCAGAGUAAUGGCGUAACAAACGCAAAAAAAAACAU